AUGAACUGGGCAGCUGAGGUUCUCUACCCGAGCUCCAGCUGCAGCUUCGCGCUUUCGUCCCCGGACACGAAGGUCUCAGUGCGUCUCCGUGACGCUCCUGGACUUCGUGGGAGCUGCGCUGUCACUGCCAGUCGGAGCUUGCUGUUGUCCCAGGACUUCGGCGACUUCUCUCAGAAAGCUGCGAAACUGAUCCGAAGGGAAGAGGCAGCAGCCAGAAAGGAAUCCGGCUUGAGGCGCGCACGAAAGCAGGAGAUCAGCCAGCAGCUGUAUGAGGAAGUAAAGCGCGCAGCGAUCAGGAACCAAAGAAAGAUGUUCAUCUGCACAUCCCUCAUAAUCUCAGUGUUGUUGGGUCUUAUCAUAUUCGGCACUGCGGCAGUCCACCGCGACGUGCAGCUGCUGAUGUUCGACGGCCCCCAGGGCCCAGAGGCCACGGGUUUCGCCGCUGCGGUCGUGGUUGUGUGGUGCCUGGCCAUGGGCUGUGUGAGCGUUCUCCGGGCCGCGGCGGACGACGCCACUGCCUCGCAGCUGCAGGCGGCCGCGGUGCGAGCAGCACACCCCGAGCUGCACAGCUACGAGGAGCAGGGCGCCGGCAUCGCCGUCCAAGAAAACUCUGAGAAUGAUUCUGAGAAUCAGGACUCUCGAGUUUGGAUUUUUGGCAUCUUCUACGGCGCGCCUCCCUUCGUGGGCUUCUUCUGUGCGUAUCUAAUCUCCUCCCGGCUCUCAGAGGAUGGCCAUACGCUGGCCAUGCUCAUCAUCUGGUCUCCGGCCAUGGUUCUUGUCUGCUUCGUGCUCUGCUCCAUGUGCGUGUUUCCCUUUGGGGGGGAAGAGUUGACCUGUAGGGUCCUGAAAUCUUCUGUGGUUUUCUUCCGAUGGCCACUGAUGAUGCUGAAUGGUCUUGCGAAGUGCCGCAGCGGCUUUGACUCUGCCAAGGCAAUCUCUGCCAUGAUCCAGCCUGCGAAGGAGGACUUGAACCAAGCGGUGUUGCAGACCAACCAGAGGACCAUCGUCUUCGAAGGCAACGUCCUCCCGGGCCGUCACACCGUGUCCUCCUGGCCAGGGAAGUACGAAUCCGCCUGGGAUUCGCUGGUUGCUGGAGCUCGCAAUGAUGACAUCAGCGCAGCCGUGGUGUUCUUGCCAGAGGGUUCCGAGCACUUUGGGCUGCACGACCCCAUUCCCAGCACCAUGGACCUCUGCGACUUAAGUGGCGGAUGCUGGUGCGUGCCCCUCUACGGCGAACCCAAGCCCUGGGGUUGCCGAUGGUGGUCUCGUUGGAUCGCCAACAUAGAGAAGGCGGUCCAGCUGGGGGCCACCCUCGAGGUCUACUUCUUCGAUGGGAAGAAAGGCCAAGGGAAAGUCGCAGACUUCACAGCAGCUGGCGCCGAGCACCUACGAAGGGAGCAGAUCUUCCGGCGGAAGGCAGACUUUGGGAAGUCAGAGGGUUUCCUCAGAGCACUGAGUGAUGGCCUGAACCACCUCUCCAAGGAGAGAGGUCCAGAUGGCUCAUCACCCUUUUCGCGAGAGGAGCAUCGGCUCUUUCUGGCGUGGCUGCCGGAGGAGGAACGCCAAUUUCUAGACCACUCGGAGGGCUUAGGAAACUCACAGAAAGCGGAAGUGGCCUGGCUGGAGCGCAAAGGCUAUCAUUACCUCGAAAAAGAAGUCAGCGAACUUGCCGACUCGUCGCCGAAGGCGAUGGGAUGA